AAAACAUGACGACUGGGACUAUCGUUACACCAACGAAUGUGUUAGUCCUGGGGCCGGUUGACAGACACAAAGCUGGUGUAUACAUGUGUAAGGCGAUCAACCAUGGGAUGACACACAGCAGGAACAUAUCUACCAGAAUAAUUGUGAAUUAUGGACCUGACUCUGUAAAUGUCAACGUAUCGUCCAAAUUCAAUGUCACAGAAGGGCAUGUUGCUCCGAGAAUUACCUGCACGACUUCCUGUUGGCCAGAAUGCGCAUACACAUGGAGAAACGCGACCUCUGGAGCUACCAUGGCAACCUCACGUGUGCUAGACCUCGGUCACGUGAACAGAUACAUGACUGCAACGUACACUUGCAAAGCUAGCAACAAUGAUAUCAGUCUUCACAAAGAAACAAAUAUCACGAUGAAUGUGUACUACGGCCCAGAUCGUGUUCACGUUAGUCAGCCGUCAGAAUUUAUCGUCACCGAAGGCCAACUGGCACCGAAUAUCACUUGCAAGGGUGACUGCUUGCCGGAAUGUUUAUACUCAUGGACGAACCUGACAUCUGGGACAACUGUGGCCCUAAGGGAGAGUCUAGUACUUGGCCAUUCGAACAGAUACAUGGCUGGAGUGUACAUGUGCAAAGCAAACAACGCUGCAACCUGUCGUAAUGUAAACGGCUCCACUCGAAUGUUUGUAAUUUACGGCCCCGACUCACUAAAUUUCAACGUUCCCCGACAGUACACAGUCACAGAGGGCGAGGUGGUACCGACGGUAACCUGCUCGGCCGAUUGUUGGCCGGGAUGUACAUAUACGUGGAGGAAUAUGACUUACGGUGACACAUUACCAAACACUGGAAUGUUAACAUUGGGUCGGGUUAACAAAUAUGCUGCUGGGGAAUACAGCUGCGACGCGUACAACAACGGGAACGGUUUGAAGAAAAGCACAUCUAUCAGGAUUAUAGUGAACUAUGCAUCCAUAGAUAGCCACCAACAAACUAUUUUCAUCAGCGCAGUAACCGGAGGAUGUGGAGCCUGUAUUGUGAUCCUUAUUGCAGUCGUCUGCUGUUGCAGGAGAUAUCGACAUCGAUGCACACGCACAGGGCAACAAAAUGAAUCGGCUAUUAUAAGAAAAGACACUGCUGCAAGUCACUUUUCCAACGCGGAAACGAUUACCAAUGCCGAACAUACGUAUACUGGACUGCAAAGAGACCAACAAAAUGUUCGCGUUGUAGAAUAUCAGAACGUGACAGUAGAACCAACAGAUCACGAUUACGAGCAACUCGACGAUGAUCUGUACGUUAACCAGUUGUCGAUUUCGUGAACGUGAAAUAGCUGGUGUGAAGCAGACCGUACAUCACGUUUUCCCUGUAGUUGGUUUUAACAUACCACCAGAGAACGGCGAUUCGAAAGUGACAUAACGCUUAAAAACCAAUGCUUGUGUUGAAUCUCACGCAUGUGUGCUUAUUGUCAAUGAAUAAGACCAAGUGUCAAAUAUAUUUGUUCAAAAGUUA